GCACACAAGUGUGAAACCUUUCACCUCCACAAACUCAAUGCCGCCACCUCACCAAUUUUUCUCCUCACUCUUCCACCUUCACUUCGUCCGUUUGAACCAGUCACCGCAACCAGCUUGAAAAAAAUGAGAUUUCAACAACAACAAUCUCACCGAUCGUAUCCUGCGAAAUUGAACCAAUCGCAUUGUUGCUUUGCCAUCACAUUCAUUACUAAUGAAAUUCUGAAUUUCUACACGGUUUGUGAUAGAAAUCACAAUAAAGAUGAGAAAAAGAUGGUCUUUUUACAUGGAUUUUCUACCAGUUAUUGUGAUUAUAAGCUUUGAAUGUGUUGACAUGGCUUUACUCGCUUUAUUCAAAGCAGCAACACUUCAAGGGAUGAACAAUCAUGUCUUUAUUGCCUAUGCUUAUGUUGUUGGUACUUGUGUUCUCUUACCUGUCACUCUUUUCACCAGAAGAGCAAGAGUGGUUCCUCCACUUACUUUCUCCAUAAUAUGGAAAAGUAUGCUUCUUGGAGCAUUAGGAAGUGGAUCUCAAAUUCUGGGUUAUAUUGGUAUUAAUUAUAGUUCUCCAACACUUUCUUCAGCAAUUGCUAAUCUGGUACCUGCUUUCACUUUCAUGCUGGCUGUCACUUUCAGGAUGGAAAAGUUAGCUUUGAAGAGUAGAAGUAGUAAUGCUAAAGUAGUGGGAAGCAUAAUAUCAAUAGCAGGUGCUUUUGUAUUGACUUUUUACAAAGGAAAAUCCAUCUUGAAUUCCUCACCACUUCAUCAACCAAUUGGCUUUCUCAACUCAGUGGAUUCAAGUUGGGCCAUUGCUGGCAUUAUUCUAACAGUUGACUACUUUCUGCUUUCACUAUGGUAUAUAUUACAGGUACAUAUCUUGAAAGAGUUCCCAGAUGAACUAACUUUAGUCUUGUUAUAUUCAACAACUGCAACCAUCAUAUCAAUAGUUGUAGCUUUGUUAUCAGUUCCAAAUGCAAGUGCUUGGAAAAUAGGACUAAAUCUCUCACUCAUCUCCAUUGUUUCUUCUGGAAUAUUUGGAAAGUUAGUAGGCAAUCUAAUUUACGCCUGGUCAGUUCACUUAAAGGGGGCUGUCUAUGUAACAUCAUUCAUGCCACUCCAAAUUGCUAUUUCUGUUAUCUUGGGAGUUAUAUUCCUUGGUGAUACACUUCAUAUUGGAAGUAUAAUUGGAGCCAUAAUCAUCUCAAUUGGCCUUUAUGGUGUAUUAUGGGGCAAAGCAACAGAAGAGAUAGAGGAAGAUGUUGAUAGUCUGCAGUCACCAUCUACAUCUACUGAGAAUGCACCUCUGUUGCUAAAUUAUGGAACUCAAACUUUUGAAAAGAAAAUAGAUGGAAAUGUAUAAAAACAUGAUUAUUAAAUCAGAGAUUCAAUUAAACACUAGAAUUCUUAUUAGUCUAGUCAUGAAUCAAAUUUUUCUAUGAAUAGCAAGAUUUGUGCACAAUAAAAUAUGACAUUUUAAGUAAAAACUAGUUUUGGUCCUAAAGUCUCUUUAUAAG